AUGGACGACUUUGGCGUUCUAACAGAGCGCUAUUGUUUAAAACCGCAAGGAAAAUCGGCUCCAAUGUCGCAAGCCAAACGAUCCAACUCCACGGCCACCGCAACCACCAACGGAAAUUUCGGGUUCGAAUCAGGUUUGAUCAGAAACUCCACGUCCUUUUCUUCAAACUAUUCAUGGAAUUCGAGUGCCAGUAACGGCUCUUUUCUUGAUGAUCACGACUUUUUUCCGAAGCAAAACUCCCAAAAUUCUUUUGGUUUCCCCGACGAUUAUGAUUACGAAUUUGGUGCUUUUGAAAAUCCCACGACGAAGAAUACGAGUAAUAAUAGUAGUAAUGGAUCUUCAUUUGAUUUGGCUUCAAUGUUGUUGAAUUCUGAUCCGAAAUCUUCCUCUACGAAUUCUUACGUCUUUUGCCUCGUCCACAAGGCAAAGGGUUCGGUCGGUGACUUGCUGGGUGAUUUUAGUAGUGUGGCGGCGAAACUGAAGAGUUCUAGAAGGAAUGGUUCGUGGGAAUCGGGGAAAAAUGAGGCUGAUGUUGAUGAUUUGAUACCCGGGUUCGGUGGAAGCAGUGCUCCGGUUAAUAGUUGGGAUGAAACUUACGUUAUUGAUAUGAAGGGAAAGGGCUUGGAAUCGCAUGAUGAUAGAAAAGCCUUACAGUUUCAGUAA